AUGUUAGAGAAAAAUAUUGAAGACCAAAGCUGUGAAGGAAUUCCUGAAGCAAACCCUUUGGUGCCUAAAGGAUACUCGUUAGAAGCUGAUAUGCUACUUGGAUGAAGGCCGAAAAAUAUCAGGCAGCCAAUCGAAAUCAAUUUUCCAUUAAACUUUCCUACUUGGAAGAAAGCUGAAAAAGGGUACAAAAAGGUAUAUAGUGGAUACCGGCCAAGCGAUUCUUAUUCAUUUCAUCGUGAACUUUCUGAUGGUUCUGAUGAUACUUAUAAGUUUGAUUUUUCAGACCCUCAUAUCAAUACAUACAUGCUGACGAAACAAAAAUCAUCAGCUGAAAGAAUAAAAAAUGAGGAUCCAACAGGGUUGAUUUUUGACUCAUUUUUUGAAAGUGGGAACCUGGAUAGAGCAAUUAUGAUUGCUGAAGAUGAAUAUGAUUUAUAUAUGAGAUGCGAUACCAAUACUAAUGGUCACCUUCAUUGAUUUUAUUUUUCUGUGUCAGGAAUAAAAAGUCCUAGGACAAUUAGAUUUAAUAUUGUAAAUUUUUCGAGGUCAAGUGUCCUGUACCAAUCAAAUAUGAGACCUGUUGGGUUCAGCACAGAAAAAGUUAGAUUAGGACUGAGCAAAAACUGAGAUUAUGUUGGAGAUGACGUGAAAUUUAAACUGAGCAAAAUUAAUGAUAUUAUCUUAUCAAAAAGACCUUAUUAUAUCCUAACAUUUUCUUAUCAUUUUGAGUACCCUAAUGAUAAAGUUUGGUUUGCAACUGCAAUUCCAUAUACCCUAUGUAGAUUAGACAAAAUACUUAAUUCUAUUGUAUCAGACGAAAAAGCGUACCAAAUUCAGCAUGUUUCAGUGCAAACACUUUGCAAAACACUAUGUAGGAUCGAUGUCCCAAUAAUUACGAUUACUGAUCCUUCAGUUCCUGAAGCUGAAAAACAAUAUAUUAUUGCGACUGCAAGAGUUCACCCUGCAGAAACUGUAGGCUCAUGGGUAAUGGAAGGAUUCAUUCGCUUUAUUUCGAGCAAACAUCCAGAAGCAAAGCAACUUCGAAAAAAAUUUGUUUUUAAAAUAAUUCCUAUGUGCAAUCCUGACGGCGUUGUAAUUGGCAAUUCAAGAACUUCUAUAGAUGGAAAAGAUUUGAAUCGGCUAUAUAUAAACCCUGACGAGAAUAUGAAUCCUACAGGAUUUCAUAUUAAAUCACUAGUAAGAAAUUUGAUUUCAGAAAAUAAGGCAAUAUUUAUGUUUAUCGAUAUGCAUGGACAUUUCAGUAAAAAAGGUUCUUUUAUAUAUGGUCCUUACUAUCCUAUUCAUCAUUCUAAUUAUUUUAAGACUAGAAUAAUCCCAAAGUUAUUGAGCGAGAGGACACCAAUUUUUCGAUAUUAUUCUUCCAGAUUUAAAAUAGAAAAAUCAAAGAAAAAAGCUGCAAGAGGAGUCAUGUGGAAAGAGUUUGGGAUAGCAAAUUCAUAUACAUUGGAAACUUCUUACUAUGGCUUUAUCAAUGAUAAUAGAGAAGUUCAGAGUUUUACUACAACAGACCUACUUACAUUGGGAGAAAAAGUGGCUAGAAGUAUAUUAGAAUAUCAGCUUAUGCUAGAAAGCAAGAAAAACAAGAAAAAUAUAAAUCAAUUCUUGAAAAAAUCUUUUGCAGCUUUUAAAGAGUCAAAUAAGCAAAAACCCAAUAAAGAAAGCACAAAUACACCAGUUUUAAGCGACAAAUCUCCAACAAAUUCUAUUUUUUCAUUAAAAUUCGAGCCAGAAUUUCACGAAAAAAAAGAAUUAGAGGAAUGGAUAAACGUAAACUUUAUUUAGAUCAUAAAAGAAGAAGAGCCUCAACAAGAUAGUUCUUCAAGCGAAUCUGAUGACGAAAUCAGCGAAGAAGAAAUUAUUAUAAAGCAAGAAAUUGAAGAAGAAAUCAAAAGCAACGCCCCUACUGAAUUAAAAUCAAAUACUUAUCAGCUUCAAGAACAGCUCAGCUAUGAGCUUCCACCUCUAGAGCCUAAAAGUAUAAAAUCUGCUUCUCGCAAUCUCUCGAGAAAUUCCCAAAACAAUUUUGGGAAGGACUCUUUUGAAGAAAAUCCUAUAAAACUAAAACGACAAAGAUUUCUCAGUAAUCAAUCUUCAAUAAAAAGACAGCAGCCUAUAUCUCUUGCACCGAAAUUCAAAUUUAACCUUUCAAGCUUUUUGAUGAUCGAGAAAAGACAGAAAGAAAUUUAUAAAGAGACACCAAAAAUGAUUAAAGCUUUUAUCACACCAAAAAAGUUAAUUGAAACUGUCAAAAAAGAAAUUGAUUUGCAGAGCUCAAUCAUGAGCAGCCCACGGACUAUGAAGGAAGAUAUUUUAGAGCUGGCUUUGAAUAAAAAAGGCCUUUCGCUAUAUCAUAAAGGAACUCAUAGAAAAGGUAAUUCUUUGGAUUCACAGAAUACACACAUGAAAGAUAAUCCUAAACAAGUAAAAAUUCAAAUAGAAGCUUUAGAUACCAUUUUCCACAACUUAGCUUAUAUAUAA